AUGUUCUCUGAUCUCGUCUUGGAUCUCAGGCCCGGCGUCGGCGCCGGCGCAUUCUCUCUUGGCCAGUCCCUGUGGAACGUACUUGACUAUCUCAGACAACGGUCACAGAUAUUCAACCAGGUGGACGUCAAGUACGAUCCCGACGCCACCGCCUCUCCAGUCGUCAUUCACGUCCGCCCGCACCUCGAUCUCCUCUUCUCGCCCGCUCAUCAGCGUUUACACACCAUUGCCAUCCGGCAACUUCAGGACUCUCCGCCCCUGACCGUAAGAUACAAGGACACCACCCUAUCUGCGCCCGCUACGGACUUCCGCCGCAAAGACGCGAGCAUAGCGUUUGGCCCUACGUACGAGGGCGACGACUUGCGAUACCCUGGCGUUCGCUUCUGCUUUGCCGGCGAUAAUGCUACUUCUCCCGCCUCUCCUGUAGGAGAAAGCGAUCGAGAACAGAGGGUGCAGCGGAUUCUCGUCACCCAAGCUGACGCGGACCCUAAUGCCGGCCCGCGGGAUCCUCUCAGCGAGGUCCUGCCUUGUGCGGCUAUGAGUGGCGAGCUGGCGGAGGCUGUUGCCAGAGUGCAUGACGGCGUCACGCUGCGUUUUUGGCUGGACUUGAACGAUGCAGUGCGCGUGAGAAUUGGGAUCACAACGGCGCAGGACUUGUUGCUUGACUUAGGAGAGCCGUUGAGGACGUUCUAUAAGGAGGACGACCGCAUGUCCAUACAUGCGAGGGAGCGGACGGAUGAGGACGCUGUCGAACCUGCCUACUUCUAUAACUACUUCCAAUACGGCGUCGACUUCCUCAUUGCGGACGGGACACACAUCGUCAAGAAGAUCAUCCUGCAUACCAACGUCCCUGGCUCUCCGCUAUUCCAGCGCUACAAGCGCUGUCCGUGGCAAAUAGAAGGUAAACCCGAGGACGACGAAGAUGAUUCUCCGCCACGCGUCAAGUUCACCGACCGAGUGGAUGUCAUUGGGCGUUUCCUCAGCCCCGGUGGCGCGCCGACGUCCAUGAAUUAUGAUCGGACAAACGGCGAUGAGGCCUUGACUCUGCCUUCACCCACCACACGUCUCCUAGGUUUCGACGGGAUCAUACUAGAAGCCACACAGGCUGCGCAGGUCGUCUCCGUCACGCUUUUCUGA